AUGAGGUCAGGAGUCGUCCGAAGACUCAAGGAAGUUUCUCAGCAACUCAACCAUGACGUUGUUGCAUCGUAUUCAUGUCUAUAUCCAUCUGCCGGGCCUGAGAAGGGAAGGCAUGUGGUAUUGCAACCUAAGGCAUAUACCAUCGUUAAAAAACCUCACGAAACUGAACAAGUGACGCAGCCCAAUACUGACCAGAAAGAGAGAUCAAGAUCGUCUAAGUUUCGGCCAUUUCCCUUUUUUCUCUCUCCUCUAGAGUUAGGGCUGCUCGCCUCCCUCUUCCUCAUGCACUGA